AAUGGCGGGAGGGAUGAAUGGCCGCCGCGGGCUGGUGGCUCCGGGCCCGGGUUGGGCGCUGUACGCGGCGGCCUGGCUUUCAGGCCUGGUCCUGGCUCAGGCCGCGGCCUCAGGAGGGAGCGCGUCGAUCGUGGAGGAUGUCGUCUACCAGUAUUUUGGGGCAAAGAGCUUUUGCUACAAAAACACCCUGGUGCCCGGAUGGAGAGAGAUCUGGACUCGGUUACGGAUCCGAGUGAACAGCUCCCAGGAGUUUAAAGUGAAGGAGUCGGAGGAUGUGACACAGCUGCAAAGCCCCGGGGUCUGGGGUUGGUUCACGGAGGUGGUGUCGUUGAUGUUGAAGGAGAGAGUCAACGAAACCCACAUCAACGUCGACCUGUUCAGCAGCAAAACCUGCUUCAGAGUGGAGCCGAACAACGCGAGCGCGGUGUAUCGUGUGCUGCUGGCACGCCGCUUUGAUCCGCAACUCAUUGCCAUCUUUGUCUGUGGGUUGUUGCUGUUUUUCUACGCCGAAGCUUUAAGCAGGAGCCAGCUUUUCUUCUACACCUCAGGAAUCAGUGUGGGAAUAUUGGCCUCCCUCAUCAUUGUCAUCUUUAUCCUGUCACGCCUUCUGCCCAAGAAAAGCUCGCUGUACCUGCUGAUAGCUGGCGGCUGGUCUCUCUCGCUCUACCUAAUCCAGGUCACACUGAGGAACCUGCACUUUCUGCUACGGGAGCAUUGGCAGUACGUGUUGGGUGAGUUGAUCCCAAAUAAUAAUAAGGCGCUGGAUCCAAUGCGAGGAUGAUUAUU